AACACAUCGUCUGCAUCUAACCGUAUAGUUUCAAGUUCAAAUCAACACUUUAUUGACUAGAAUAUCCAUUUAGGAUUAUUACCAUGAAAAAUAGUGAUUGAUUAAUUACAAGUGAAAAUGAAAUUAAUUAUUUUAUGCUUUUUAUUCCUAUCGUUUAAACAAACCAUAGGAGACUUUGUCUGUCCACCUGAAGCGACGGAUAAUUUUCUUCCUGAUCCAAACAAUUGUGAAGUCUUCUAUCGAUGUUCUCAUGGACAAAAGUUUAGCUUUACAUGUGGACCUGGGACAGUAUUUAACCCAUCAACAAAUAACUGUGACUGGCCAUCGUCUGUAGGAUGUAAUCCAGAGUCGGGUAGAUACAAAAACCAGCAACCUGGUUAUCAACAACCAAAUCCUCCUCAACCAAAUUAUCCUUAUGACAAUGAUUACUACAAUCAAAAUAGGCAAGUUGUUCCUGAAAGAAAUGUGAAGCCAGUGUCCAAUCAAAACAAUCCAUGGGACACUGGUGCCUAUCGAGGGUCUGAUGUUGGUGUAAAUGGUGGUUCAUCCAGUCAAAAGGGACAACGUGAAUCAACAGGGAAUUAUGAUGUUGGACCGAGUAGCAGUUCUGAGAGUAAAACAGAGAUUUGGAACCCAGGUUAUCCAAGUUCAGGAAGACAAGGUGUUCGUAAUGAAGUGAGACCAGAGGAGCAAAAUCAACCUUAUGGAACAACAAGUAGACCUAGAAAUCCUGGUUUUGAUAGUAAUCGUGGAAAUGAAGAUCAACAACAAGGCAAUCAAAAGAAACUUGUGAAUGAGAGACCAAAUCCAUGGGAAGAAAGAAAUUCUGCCAACAGAAAUCCAGAUAACAGACAAGGAGUUAGAGGUAAUCAAAAUAAACCUUAUAAUCCCCAGCCGAAUGCGAGAUAUGAUGAUGAUAAUGAUGACAAGUUAGAUGAACGUUCAUUUAGGGUAAGAGGUAAACCAAAUACCGAAAAUGAACCCAAAUCUAUUGAGUCUGAUGGUAAGCAUCCAUGGAAAGUACCAACUCCUCGAAAAGAUUCAUCAGUUGACUGGAAUGAAAUGACAUCUAAAUCACCUUUAGAUUCAGAAAAUGUGAACAAAGUGUAUGAUGAUCCAUAUUCACCAACAUCGCCAAGCUCAGCUAAUAUCGAAACAUGGCAAAAGCCUGUAGCAGGUCGUAAUCAUCCAACAGUUGAUAAACCGUACCAAACACAAGAUCCUUUCAAUGGUCCAAAGUCUCAAGGUUAUAAUCCUUACAGCAGAGAUCAAACAAACUCAAGAAAUAGAUAUCAAAAUCCAUCUCAAGGCGAAGCAACUUCAAGUUUACCUGAUAGUCCAAUAGUUUAUCGUCCUUCACCGAACUCACGAAACCAAGAUCGAGAUAAUCGAGUCAAUACACCAAGACCAGAUGAUCGAAGAAACAAAGUACAGGAAAAGGAAUCUUGGGAACCCGAACGAGUUCCUUCUUUUUCUAAAAAUAUUGAGCCUUCUCCUGAUCUUGCACGCGAUCCUAAUGAGCGUAAACAAGGUAAACCUCAACAAGGCACUAAUGAACCAAGGGAACAAAACCGUUGGGUUAACCCAAAAAGUAGACAAGAUCAAAAUCCAAAUGAACGCUUUGAUAACCAACGUCUAACCCCAGCACAAAAGUACAAUAAAGACACAAACAAAGAUGCAGAUGAUUUAAAUCAAUCACAACAAUCGAAACGAACCAAACCAGAUGAUCGAUGGAAUAAAAAUGAACCUCCUUAUAGAAGAGAAGAAGAUGUUUGGAAUCAGAGAAACAGAAAUCCUUACAAUUCGCAGGACAGAGAUGGAAGUGCUUAUGGUUCACCGGAGAGAAACACCGAUUCAAAUAGAGAUGAUCCAGCGACUCAAACACAAUGGUAUCGACCAAAAUUGACAACGACAACAACUGAAGCACCCCAAUAUGAAACUCCAUUGCGUUCAUAUGAUAACAGAUGGAGAGAUCCUAAUGCGUCAACUUCACCUUAUGCUGAUAAACGUCCUGAAGCGAGAUCUAAUCCAAACCCAAGACCAGUUUAUCGUCCAGAUAGACGACAAGGUGAACUCAGACCAGUGCCAAGUAACCAAAGACAAAACCAAGGUGGACAAAGGUUACCUCCAAGUAAAACCAAUAAUGAUCGGUUGAAUCAAGACAACUAUCAAAACAGACAAAAUCCAAUCAAAGAGGAUCCUCGUGAUGUACAGCAAAAAGAAGAUGAUUUUCAAACUUUCCAGUCAAGCAAUAUUGAGCCAAGAUUUCCUGAUGAAUCUGAAGUUGCUCAGGUGAUGAAUGAUAUGUACGUAAAUGAUCCUUACUCAAUGCCUGAUUUGAUGACGAAUCUUCCAUGUAAUGAAACAACUCUGCCUGACUGUGAUAAAUGCCAAAAAUUGAGAUGGCUCAAGUUAAACCAAGUUACUCUUAAAUCGCAACCUGAUGAAGCAAUCAAAACCUUGCCUGAAUACAUUGCAACCGAUUGUUUCCGACGUUGCCAUUCACAAGGCUGUGUCGCUUACACCUACAAUAAAGGCAAAGGUCAUUGUAAACUCUAUUAUGGAGCAGUUCAUGAAAGCAACAUUGGAUCAGAUUCUGAUUAUAUAACAGUUAUCAAAGAGCCCACUUCAGUUUUAAUAGCAGACCAAUGGUUGUACACUGAUAACUCAGAGCCAGUUGGAAAAGACAUGGGACAGUUCACAUCAGAUGAUUCAAUUAGUUGCCUUCGUGCCUGUGUCAAUGUUGGUGAUCAUUGUAAAGCUGUAAGCUACAACUCUGCCAGUCAACUGUGCAAAAUUUACGAUUCAAUGAAUGGUGAACAUUUAACUUUGACUGGAGGAGGAAUAAUUACAUUACAACACAAAAGCAUUCACAAUAAAGACGAUUCUUGGAGAUUUUCAUCUUUAGGAGCUAAAAAAUUCAACACAAGCAUACCAAUCACGUCUUUUGCUAUUCGAGAGGAUCAAGAAUGUUACGAAGAGUGUCUCAAUGUUCAAGGCUGCCUAGCAAUUGCAAUUGAAGGACGAUCUCCCAAAGAGUGUCAUGUUUACAAUAAUUUAGAUUCAUUAUCAAGCGAUGAAAGCUCGUCUUUCAACACAUAUUUAGUUAAAAUACCGACCAAUUCAUCAUACUUCAUUAAAUUGCCAGGAAUUUAUUUCUCUGGCAAACCAAUUGCUAAAUACGACAAUUUUGCCCUGAAAGAUUGUCAAGAAGUUGUCAAGAGUCUUCCAAAUGCAAUGAAAGUCACCUAUUUACAGGAAAGUCAAGUUUGUUAUGUCUUCUCUGAUGCUGCUAAGAUUGGAAGUUGGAAGAAUCCAGAAAUUGAAGCUAUCUCUUUCCUCGUCAAUUUACCUUCUGAUCCAAAAUAUUUUGCUUACAAACGACUAACUGGACUUACAUUGACAAACGCAUUAUUAGCUCCUAAAGGUGAAAAACUUAUUGGUACUCAAUCAGCUGCACAGUGUUUGGAUAGUUGUCUAAAAACGGAUAAUUGUUCAGCUGUUUCUGUUACUUAUUCAGAUGUUCAAGAUUCAAUUGAAUGUAUUUUAUUGAAAGAUGAUGAGCUCACUGGUAAACCAAGAUUUGUGUUUAAAGAAGACACAGACUUAUUUGUUCGAACACUUCCUACUAAUCUGGUUCCUGAAUUGGGCGAGAAAGAUGACCAUUGUUCUUUACGAAUCAAUGCACCUUCAGCAAAUGACAAUUUACCUUAUUUUGAAAAGGAAAAGUCGAAGAAACAAACUGAACCUAAUUUAUUGGAAAAGGCUGAACAUUAUCUUCAAAAGGCUAACCCAUUUCACAACAAGAAAUCAUCACAAUUGAAUCAACGGGAUGAGGAGGAAAAUAAUCAUGGCGUGUUAAUCCCUCAUGGCCCUGAGUUUGAGGGAAUGAUUGAAAAUUUAGAGGAAGAAGGUGAAGAGCAAGGAUACAGAAAGGAACGAUCAAAAAGGUCUAUUUAUGCAAUGACUUUAAGAGGAGCUGAAGUUUAUGAUGCAGCAAUUGAUCAAAAUUCAGAUAAAAAUCCUCUGGAAGCUGGCGCUGAAGCUGGUUUUGCUGUUCGGGAACUUCUAAGUGGAGCUCUGGGAAUUAGUGAUACUAAUGCGACUGAAAAUAUCUUACUUUCACGAUUUUUGAAACGAGCUCAAGACGUUUCCCAAAAUCCUCGUCUUGAAGAAGAUAUUGUAAGCCAAAUCAAGUCAUCAGCUCGAAAGGUUCGAUCCCAUGAUGAUAAAUCAGACGAUGAUUGGAAACCAUGUAAAAUAACCAAAGGAUCAACAGUUAAGGAAAUUAAAUGUCGCCCUGAUGAAAUUUGCACCCACACUCCUGUCAUUAUUCAUGGGGAAGAAAAGGCUUUGACAAACUGUUCAGGAACCAGAGUCAACAGCACUUGUACGGUUGUUUGUAAAUCGGGUUACAAGGCAGUUAAAGAUAAGCUAGUUUGUGAAGCUCUCGGGUCAAAUCCAACCUGGAAUACCAAAGACGUCUCGUGUGUUGCGGAUGAUUCUAUGUGCUCAGAGCUUCCCUGGAUUCCGUUCACUACGAUCAAACCUGGUUCGGGUGAGAAAAAGCUUAAUUAUAUUGUGAAGUACGAUAUGAAUAAAAAGUUGCCAUUAUUUGGAGUAUACAAAUUUACUGUCAAUGACAAACAAGAAACUAGCAAAUUUGGUCGUCUUCAAGAAACUGACGAUGAUUCAGUUGUGUCACUGCCAUGUUCACAGUUAAAACAAAAUCAACUUUCCAACAUGAACUAUAAACAGAGCAAUUACACAAGAGGUUACUUAGUGCCACCAAGUGCAUUUAUUCACGAUUCAGAUGCUCGUAGAUUAACUAACUACUAUGUCAACACUGCUCCACAAGAACCUUACAUUUCCCAAGGCCCAUGGCAUUCACUUUCAAAUACAAUUCAUGCGUACCUCGAAACAUCCAAACAACCGGGAUUCAUCAUCAAUGGCGUUUGCAGUCAACAAAUAUAUUCACCGGCAACCUCUGCUCUUCCAGUACCUAAAUGUUUCUGGAAAACGGUUUGUACAAGAACUCAAUCAGGACAAGUAACUGCGGCAACAUUUUAUCACGACAAUCAACUAAUAAGUGGAGAUGAGUCGAGCAAAAAGAAGUCUUUGGAGGAAAUAUUCAGUUACACUAAUCCAGAAUUUGUUAAAACAUUGGUUGGCAACAAGGAGUAUGAUUCACUUUGGCCAGAAAUUUUAGACAGAUUCAGUACUUCAUCUAGUAAAACUGUUAACGAUGAAAUGAUGAUUCUUCAAUGUGCUGGAAGUACUAAAAUUGAUCCCAAGCAUAUUGAUUUCUGGAACUCACUUUUAUCAAACGGAACUGAUGUGUCUGGAAAUGACGUUCAAAAUGAUUUAGCUACUUCAGAAUCACAAGCAUCUCCAACGUGGUCACAAAAAUUAACUGAAUCAUCAAAGACCUCACCUAAUGGUUGCGAUAAAAAGCUCAUUGCUUACAUUGGAUUAAAUGAAGAUGAAAUAAAUGAAAAGACAAUCGGACCUUCAGUCACUCAUUUAACUAUACUUGGAGCCGUUAAAAUAAAUGAAAAUGGAAGUUUAAGUUUCGGUAAUGAUACAAAGAAGAUUCACGAUCGACUUUACGCUUUAAAGUCAUUGAAAAGCACUAACCCUUCUUUGAAAAUUAUGAUUGCAUUGGGAGGUUGGGAUAACUCACAAUAUUUCAGCAAAAUUAGUCGAUCACCAAGUCAUCAGAAAAUAUUCAUCAUGGACAUUCUAGCAUUCCUAGACUAUUGGGAAUUUGAUGGUGUUGAUAUCAUUUGGCAAUAUCCUAAUAUUGGAGGAAAAGUAAAGGGUUCAGGAGAAGAUAAAGAUAAUCUGAAUCGAUUAAUGCAAAACCUAAAGGAUUCAAUGGUUGAUCAUCAAAGCAGAAAUGGGCGAAGUCUACCUUACUCUCUUGUCCUAACAGGACCAGGUUUAUAUUGGAUUUUGGAUUAUGGUUACGACCUGAAAACUCUUAUCAACCAUGUCGAUUGGAUCAAUAUUAUGGCUUUUGAUUUCCAUGGUCCUUGGAACUCAUCUUGGGGUGAUUACACUGGCCCAAUGGCCCCCCUCUAUUUCGGUGCACCCGAAGGUUUUCCUGGUAAAUUAAAUAUCGAUGCAAUUGUUAAAAGAUACAUUUGUGAAACUGGUAGACCUGAUAAACUUGUUCUUGGUGUUGGUUUCUUUGGAAGAGCUUGGACCAAUGUUGGAAAUCAUGUGGACGAAAGCAAAGACGAUCUUUUCCGAAAAGCAAGUCCUUUGAAGAAUGGGUCAAAAGGAUCAAUGGUUAGCUAUCGUAAAAUCCGUCAAGAAUGGCUGAGCAAAGGUGAACCCAUUUGGCACAACAAAACUCAGACAAGCUUCAUUUGGAACAGAAUGAAACGUUCAUUGAUUUCAUUUGAAAGUGAAGAUUCAAUUAAAGGAAAGGUUUCUUUCGCUGAAAGUAAAGGUCUUGGUGGACUAAUGAUUUGGUCACUUGAUAUGGAUGAUGAAGAUAAAACAUUAUUAAAAGCUAUCGGAAAUGGUUUAAAAUGCAGAAGUGAUAAAAAUUCAAUUUCUCAUUCUUAUAAAUGUAAUCCAUUAACUGAGAAGAGACAUUGGACUCAAUAUGAUGAUGAUGGAAGUAAAGACCGUUUAUGUGGUAAAAGAGCUCCUUUAAUCAAUGGACACUAUCCAAUCUGUGACCCUGAUGACCCAGGCUAUAGCUGUUGCUCGGCAAGUGGUUAUUGUGGCUCUGGUCCACAGUUUUGUGAAUGUGAAGGUUGUGUUGAUUACAGUUUAAACCCUGAUCGAGCUUUGAAUGAUUCAAUUGCCCCUAGUUCACCUUCGGUUACUUGGCUAACGACCGAUGUAAUUCAAGAUGCUAGCAAGUCAGAUUGUGGUUUUAACGCUCAGUCAUUGGUCAAUGGUUCACGCCCAACAUGUAAUCCUGAUGAUCCACAGAGACACUGUUGCUCAUCAACAGGCUUUUGUGGUACCGGGCCAGAUUAUUGUGAGUGCAAAGGGUGUAUUAAUUUCAAUACCAACUCAACAAACUCUUUUCCUGAGAAAAAUUGGUUCGAUUGGAAUGAUGGCCCUGAAAAUGCAGGCCGGUGUGGCCCUCGUGCUCCAAGAAUAAAAGGUCGUCUUGCCGGUUGUGACCCUUCAUCUGAAACAGCUAAUUGUUGUGGACCUAAUGGCUAUUGUGGCACUGGGCCUGAUUAUUGUAAAUGUAAAGAGUGUGUUAAUUUCACGUUAAAACCUAACUUUGACUGGAGUUGAAAGGUUCAUCACAGUCUGUAGAUGUUAUAGUCAAUAGUAAAUCAGCUUCAAUGUAAAUAAAUUAGCUAAUCUUUGUAUCAAGAAGCAAUAAAAUAAAUCAAAUUACAUCCAAAUUUA